AUGGACCACUUUGGACCAGGCAUCGAGUACCUGGAUAUCAACACCGACGGUGAUCAUGUUAAUUUCACAUGUUUUAGCGAAAAAUCCGUCAAUGAAGAUGGUAUGAAUCACCUCGCCGUCCUGAAGAUCACCUCCAUCGCUGUCGAAACAGAUGAAUUUGACGAUAUUGAUGUUGAGGACAAACUACAUAUCGUCAUUUCUGUCAAAGACUUUCGCGCCAUUGUGCAACAUGCUGGGAUCACUGGAAAUGCCAUCUCUGCGCGAUAUUCCCUCCCCGCGAAGCCCAUACUUCUCUCUUAUACAGGAGAUGCUUUGGCUUGCGAGUUUCUUAUAAUGACAGUAGGCGAACGUGGAAGCAAUCCAGCCCAAAAGACGAAAAAAGGGCGCAAAGCAACAGCAGUAGCAUCAGGCUCUGGUCCGCGUUUAGAGGCUGCCUCUCGUAGGACCAGCAGCGUUGCAUCAAACGAGACCGCGGCGAAUGUACAGCCUGACAAGAUCCCGCGGUCUACGCCAUCUAGCUCGAAACCAAUGAUACCUAACGCAACUCCCCAUCCACAACUUAUUAGCGCUGUUAGAGCCAGCGCUUCACGAAUUGGUGCCUUUGAUCUACGGCCGUCUCAGAAGCCGCCACCACCCACUAUCCACUCAGAAAGCCUGUUUGUAGACGAUGAUGGGUGGGAACCUAUGCGAGACGAGGAAGAAGAUGCGGAACAAGACGUCAGGCUGGAGUGGGAUCAUAGCGCUGACCCUAAGAACCCUUCAGCAUUGCAGCUGAGAUGGAUCGAAGAACGCCAUGGAGCCACUGUUGGGCGCCCAGAGACUGCAGAUGCGAAGGCAGCCCCUGAGUCAACAUACUUGGAGCCGACGCAAAAGCUUUCAGAUAUCAAGAGUCUUGCCUUAUUCCCCGAUUAG